AUGGAAGCUUUUAAUGGAAAACCCAUUUUGCUCUGGAUUAAAAUUUUGAAUCAAAGCUUAGCGAAAGCAAAACUUGCUGAAAAUAUCUUCAUCUACAAACAGGACAAAGGUGUAAUCAAGCAAAAAAAUCUUUUAUGUUUUGAAACAGCUGCGCAUAUUGCCAAAGAAUUGCUCUUAAAGCUGUUGUCUGCUUUGAGCUUUACUGAUAAUGUAUUAGAAAAAUGCGUGCGGAACUGA